AUGCGAAGAGCCAAAAUGAACGCGCAAGAGGUGAGCAACUUUAUUGACGAGUUGGCGGUAUUUUUAGACUCGCAAGCGGGUCCGGGAAGCGAUGGUGCGGUCGACUCGGAGCUUCUCAACGCUCUUGCCGAUUACAUUGAGGGCGUCGACCCCAUCGAGUCGAGUCUUGAGGAGCUGAAGCGGUCGCUGGAAAGCGCCUCCCACCACGAGCACGCCACUCUGGACGAGCGAAGCCGCAUGGCAGGGAGUUGCCGAUCGCUGAAACUGCUGCGAGAAGCUUUUCGCCGUGUGUAA